GGCUCGUGGACUCUCUCUUUGACCCUGGUCAAGUAAGCAUCUCAAUUUACGAAUUUUUAGUUUAAAAUUUUUUUUUUUAGCUGGAUAUUUUUACCAAGUUACCGUGAAAGUGAAAAGUUAUGGGUUUAUAUUGUUGUUAUUUAUAAGUUUUGUUUACUUUCGUGGAUUUUUGUGGGUUUUUUUUUGUGCCAAAAAGUGUGAUGAUACUUAAAAGACAUAUUUAAGAAAUGUUCUUACGACUAGGCCUCACGUAUUUAAUCCUCUUUACAUACGCAUCAAAUGUAGCCCCAGCACGCCCAAAUGGACGUCCAAUGCCUCGACGGAACAUUCGACGGGCGGUGCCAAGCGAAUUUCUUACGCCUCCGGCGCCACUAUUGCCUCUAAAUCGUCCAGCCAACAACUUCAGGCAUGGAAAAAUCUUAACCCCUCAGCCAACAAAGGGCACUGAGUCUCCAGGAUAUCUUUCCCAACUAAUGGGGUACCUGGGCAACCCCUUCAGAGACCAACAGCCUCCAAGACCAGCCCAGAAGAAUGGAAACAUCCAUGGAGGAUUUCUCCAACCUCCUCCGCCUCCUUCUAGUAAUUACGGUCCUCCAGCUCCUACAGUGCCUCAACCUCCACCGGUCCAGCUGCCUCAGUAUCAGCCACCUCAAGCGCCAUCGCCUUCAACAGGUCAAGCUUACUCACCACCUCUGAACAUCUUCGGAAGAAGUUGCGAUCCUUGCAAUACGGUGCCUUGGAUUCCAAUCCAUCAGAACGUUGAUGUUCCUCAAGUAAAUCCAGGGUAUGGGAGUCCAGAACAUCAUAAUGUUCCAGUCCAAGCUGAUCUUCAUGUAGCACCACCUUUGGAUGUCAAGCAACCGGAUUUUAGUUACGGAGUUCCUAACGGAGCGAUUUCGAAUCCUCAUAUGUACCCAGGAGCUGUUCCACCUUUGUUUAAAGCUACUGCCUUUGAUACGCAUUCUGCUGAUUCUGGGGUCAGUCCAGAAGUGGUUCCUUUUGAAGGGAAUCAAAAUUCAGGUCAGAAUUUGCAAGUAGCUUCUUUGAGUUUUGAGGCACAUGUCACUGAAAAUCAGAGGAACAAUCAGUUCGGUCAAGGGCCUAAUCAGUUCCAAGAACAGACUCAUGGUUCCAAUCAGUUCCAAGAACAGACUCACGGUUCCAAUCAGUUCCAAGAACAUUCUCAGAGUUCCAAUCAGUUCCAAGAACAUACUCAAAGUUCGAAUCAGUUCCAAGAACAGACUCAUGGUUCCAAACAGUUCCAAGAACAUUCUCAAAGUUCUAAUCAGUUCCAGGAUCAGACUCAAGGAUAUGAUCAAGUUCCAAACCAACAGUUCCAAGGCUCCCAGGAUUUUGAUCAGCCAUCAGGACCAUCAGGUAACUCUGGAUACGUAGACGUUCUUCCCCCAGGAGCUGAAGUUUCUGGCUCAGAUUCAUCAGCAUUUGACUCAACCCACCAAAUCUCAGAAGUAGCUUCUGCUUCGGCCCAAAUCGAAACUUCUGACCCCCCAAGUCCUACUCGAAAGCCUCACAGCUUCGAAAUACCAUCAGGACACAUCAUCCACGUGGAGCAAUCUCCCGUAAUAGACUUAUCGAAAGAAGAUUCCGAGAAUCUGGAAUCACCAGUGAUUCUUCAAAACCCGGAUGGUACUUACGGAAUCAACGCAACCUGGCCCAACGGAGAUUCUUCCCGGAUUUGGUCUGCAGAAUCAGCUCAGGCUUCCAACGAAGCUCCGGAGAUUUUUCAGAAUGUCAACUUAAACCUCACUGAUUCUGCUGCUAGCAGUGCUAGCAAUAAUUACAGAACCGCUGAAAGGACAACUGAGUCGUUGAUCAAAUCUGUCAUCAAGUCUUAUAAUACUUUUGAAAAAGAGAUCAAUUCCCUUGAUCGGGGACAGAGUUACGGGAACAGGAAGUUGAACCUAAAGGAAUUUUCAACCAUUUCGCUUCUGAGUCAAGAGUCUCAGGAAUUCACGCCGAGGUCCACUGAUCGACAAGCUGGAACAAGGAAAAAUAAGGUACAAAUAAUAAUUCCUUACACUUCUGACCACAUGCCAACGCCGUUCCACACUCAUAGGUCCAGCGACGAAAAUAUAUCCAGGGCACAAGAAAGGUCGGUGAUGCCUGAUAAUCACAAUCCUGUUGAUCAAGAAUUCAAAGCAGAAGAAGAAGAUAUUGGAGAUGUAAAUUCUGAAGAGGAAGAAGAAGAAGAUGAAGAACUGGAAGAAGUUGAGGAUUUAAAGAAAUUGUUCAAUGCCUCAUGGACGCAGAAAAAGGAAGAAUCGACAGUGAAGCCCACGACGGCGAAAGCCAACACCUCGAUAGACGUCUUGAGGCUGCAGAAGAACAUAGACAAUUGGACAAUCCAGGAAUACUCACGUGGGACUACCGCGACUACUUCCACGCCGAUUUAUUCUCACCAGCUGUUGCAGUCCAAGAAAAUUCCUGAUGAAUAUUUAACCACCGAGGCUCAACAGCCGGUUCCAGAGUCUAGAGGAGAAAAGAGUCUUGGGAAUAUUUUAGAGGGGUUCAAUUUCAAUGAUCUUGAGCAUGAGGGAUCUGCCAGCAGUCGCGUUGAUUUUUCAAAUGUCCAGAGUGACGUUUCAUCGAACUCAUUGGAAUCAUCGGAGUCAAGUACAAUCCCAAGUGACAUUAGUUAUGGUUCUAAUGAAGAUGUUUCUUGGGAACAACUUCCGGUCUCGAUUUCACCGUUGAGUAAUGAACGUGUGUACGUUGUUACGCCACAGACUGCAUUGAAACCUGCGGCUUUCAAUAGCAGCAAUGAUAGUAAUAAGAUUAAUAAUAAUAAUAAUAGUAAUAAUAGUAGCAGUAGUAAGUUAGACAAUGCUAAAAAUUCAACAUCAGCAAAUUCGACGGUAAAAUUUGACUCGAUUGAAAAAUCGUAUCAAGUUUUACCUCAGGCCGUCAAUAAUCUCGCUGUAGUGUCAACCGGGCCUGCUACUGUUCCACUGUGGGGUAUUAUGGAGCAUGAAGAGUACGCGAGUUUUAAUAAAACUUCACCAAAAACUCUGGUUUUAUACUCAGGUCACUCAAAGGUGUCUCAUGCAAGAAGUUAGUGCGCUCAUGCGUGUUUCUAUAGACUGCCAAAUAAAUAUUUAUCUUACGUGCUUAGUAUAAGUUAACAUAAUAAUUAGUCUAAAUAAGUAUAUAAGUAAUUUAAUAAAUUUAAUUAAUAAUUAAGCUCAGAAACGCGACCAGUGAUACAAUAUGGCCAGUUUUGGGCGCUUAAUUUUAAUAAAUUAUAUUAAUUUUAAUGUAAUUGCUGAUCAUAAUUUAAUCAGAAUUAGUAAUUACAUUUAUAUGAAUAAAUAAAACGACAGAAUUUGAAAUAGAAAUCAUGUGGCAUUUAAAGGAGAAAAUAAUGCAAAUAAUGCCCAGACGUGGUAACAAUUUUAAUAGAUUUUUAAAAAGUGAUUCACCUUCUAUUCGGCUUUCGCUGAUUUCGUUAAACCGUUUAGUUGGGUCACUGCCAAUACUUUUGUUGUUGUUAUUUUUGUAUAAACAAUAAAUAUUUAUUAAGCCCGGA